AUGAUGGAUGCGAAGGAUAUAGAUUUUGAGGUGGUUGCAGUUCCCUCAUUUGAUGAGGUGGACGCAAGGCCUAUGGCAAUAGCAUGUACAGGAAGUGAAGGAUGCUUCAUUGUAUUCUUUGCUGCUUUUGGUUUCAAAUAUGUGGACCUGUCUGAAGGACAGUGGAAGGAAGCGAUGAAAUUCAAUGGAUCAAUUACACCAGGGUUUGGUCUUUUUCACUACAAUCAGGGAGAUGCCAGUUGGAUCUCUUUUGUGGAGUCUCCGGCGAAGUCUUUUGUUUGCUAUCGAAUCUCCGAGGAGUCCAUUGUGGGACGAAUGACAUUUCCAGGUGAUGUCAUGGCAACAUGCCCCGCAGGAGAGGGUAUUGCAGCAAUGGUUCUUUCCACCGGUCAACUGCGAUUUGCAGACCUGACCACUGGCAAAGCUUGUGGGAAAGGAGCUCGACCCAAGUUUUUUGACAAGGAAGAGUCGAAGCCGUUUUGUAUGGCACAGGUGAAGCCUCGCCAAGUAGUCGUGAUGAGACAAGUAAAAGCUGUGAAUGUCUUCAAUGUGCAAUUCUUUGUUGUGGAGCUGGAUGAAAUGAACAAUGCACAAAUCCAGCAAAGUGGCGUACUGAAAAUGGGAAGCUUGGCGAGACUCAGUCAUGGCCUCGGAGAAAACUUUGAGCUUGACUCAAUUGAUGCGAUUGGUGGAGAACAAGAUGAUAAGGCUGGACAGCCGCGCAUCAUUCUUGCCUGCAAAAGAACAGCUCCUAUUCCGACCAAUGGGCUUCUGAAUGGGAAGCAAGCUGAGCAUUCUGAAUGCUCAGAACAAGGAAGGCGAUUUGCUUUGGCAAAUCUUCACACCCUGCGAGCUGAAGCUUUAGGAGCCUUUUCUGGAGCUUCGGAUGAAAGCGAAAAUAGUCCUCACUGGCAUUUGAUGGGACUAGAUUACUUUGUGGAGUGGUUUGUUGAAGAUGGGGUGAGGUUCCGAUUGCGAGAUUCAAAGUAUGGCUUGAUUGUGGGCACUGGACAUGUUUCGAGAAACGGAAAGCUCAAAAAUUCGGAAAGCGGAAAGAGAGAUUCUCUCUUCCUUUGCACAUCUGAGAGAUUCUCUCUAGCCUCAGUGGAAGGAUCCUUUGUGGCCAUCCGCUGGACUCUCCCUCGAUAUCAUCUUGCCAGCAUGUUAGGUCGAGGUGCACCGGCAGAUGCUCCACCAUUUGAUUUGGGAGAAGCACUCAGCAGGAAGAGGAAACAUGAGGCAGAUGAUGAGAUUGACUCUAGCUUCAUUGCAAGUCUCGUGCGCAAUUGCCAAGGAGAAGGGCAUUCGGAUGUACAGAUGCUUCGAUCAUGCUUGAAGCCAGAAGAUCUUCCAUUUGUACUCAAGACCCUGACGGCAUGGCUUUCUUUCCGCCGAGAUUUGACGGCUGGAAGUAUCAACGCUGCUGCACCUGGACUGCCCUCUGUUGCUGCAAUGGCCCGAUUCCUGAAAGCACUGGCAGAUGCUUUUGUGCAGAGCAUAGUGACGUUGCCGGCAGAUCUGGUGCAGAAGGUGAUAGAGUGCCUGGUGGCAGCCCAGAAGGAUGUCGCCUGCAACGAGAAGCUCUUCAGCAGAGCAGCGGCUGCAUAUUGUGAACCAGUGAGAAAGAACACCGGAGCAGCCAGUCAUAGUCGUGUGGACAUUGCCAUCUUGGACUUCUGA